UUAUCUUUCAAGCAUUGAAGUUUAGUUAUAAAAUAAAAUUUUAUUUUUUUAUAAUAUCUGGAGGAUUUAUGGAGCAUUUUAUAAUUUAGGAAUGGACAUACUUAAGCAUUUUUGAGAUAACUAUCAAUUCAUAAAGCCUGGAAUUCCCUUUCAUACUCAAAAUAUUAUAUAUUUUAUUUUUGUUCAGACCUACUGUAUCUAAAACUUUGGAUUAUAACUAUUAUUAAAUUAACUAUACUUUUACAAAUAAAUUUUUUUGUUUUGUUAAAUGGAAUCACGAAAAUAUGAAAUAUAUCUAAUUAAAUUCUUCAGAAGUAAAUAGAUUAGAUUAUUUAUGUUGCUACUUGCUUAGGUGUUUUGGGGAAACUAGUUGUACUCCUACUUUCAAGGGUAACACAGUCACCACUAGGUCAGUGGUUUUGAAACAUUUUUAUAAUUGUGGACUGCUUUUAUCCAGUAAGAUAUUACAAAGAACUCCAGUAUAUAAAACAGAGACAAGUAAGACUGCUGUGUUUAAAAUGACUAUGUUUUAUGUUCAAGAAUUAUUAUGCCAAUGCAUAAUUAUUUUAUAAUUUCUCACUUCUUUUUUUAACAGAAAAAUAACUUGCCCCAAGUUGGGGAAAUGAUAUAAAAAUAUAGGCAUUAUUUGUUAUUUUCAGCUACAGAUUUGUCAACAAACUUGGGGUUUAGCAAAGUCAUUUGAAUUGUUUUAUGGGUACAAAUAGGGCUGCAUUGCACUCUCUCUCAAUUUUUUUUCUUUGAUUGACAAAGAGUGGUAUUAUCCACACAAAGACUUUCUGAGGGGUUCAUUUCAUCACACCAAUUAUCAGUAUGUAUGCAAGGCCUCUCCAAGACAGAAAGGUAUUUGGGACUGCCAGUUCUGCCUCUUAAUGAAUAUCUUCUGUGCCCAGCUAAAUAAGCAAAAUGGCAGAGAAAAAACACAACUCUAGGGUAAUCUGCAGCAGAUGAAAAGACUUACUCAUUUUGAUGAAUAUGGCUCAUUAGGAUGGCUGGUUUUGUACUUGUCAAUGCUUGGAAUCGCUUACUUCUCUCAUCCUAAAUAUCCAGUUGACAUCGGCUAUAGUUUUGUGAAAGUGAACCCCAGGCUGAUCAGCAAAAAAUAGUUUCAGAGGCAAAGGUGGAAAGAAUUAUUAUUUCCUUAAAUUUUAUUUCUCUGUUAUCCCAUUAGAUAAAAAUAUUUGAGGUUAUUUUGGGGGUCUUCUAUUUUAGAAGACUUAGAAGUUUUACUACUCUUUGUUGCCUAACUUCUGUUACUCCCUUGCCAUCUGCUACCCUGGCCUUCAAAAUUUUAUUUUAUCAAAUAUCUCUCAAAAUUGUGUUUUGCCAACAGCUGUGGUUUAGUGGCAUGCAUAGUUGAAUUUCAGUAAUACCAAAGAUAUGGAUUUAAAUUUGUUUUCUGUUACUUUUUAGCUAGGUGACCUCAGAAAAGUUAUUUUAACUCUCUACAUCAUAACUUAUCCCUAAAGUGAACAUAAUACCCAUCUCACAUAAAUGUUGUGAAGAUUAAGUAAUUUUAAUUAAGAAAAGCAAUCUAACACACUAUUACCUUAAUAAUACUUUAGAAAUAAUACUUUAGAUAUACAAACUGAACCAUCUUACCCCUUCCCCAAUUAAAACAAUUUAUUGCCUUGCAAUUUCUUUUGAGAUAAAGACUGAGAUAAAGACCUGUGCCUCAUAGGAAAACAUAUGGAUUCCUGUAAGUCUAGCUAUUAUCUACACUCCAGCUUCACUUCCUCAGUGUCCACAAAUGUGAGUGUUCUUUCAGCCUAGGAAAGGCCUUGUUUCCUGCCACCUCAGGCACUUUGCAUGUGUUGUUCUCAUUCAUUUCUCUUUUUAUCUGGUUAACUACUAUUUUAUCUUCAAAUUUCAACUCAGUCAUCACUUUCUAGAGGAAGCCACUACUAUCAUCUUCUCUUUUGACACUGUACAUAUAGAAAAAUAUUAAAGAAAAUGUUCCAUCCAUGUUCAUUGAUUGUAAACUGCUAGACUGAUACACAGUUAUAUGUUCCUGAUAUUUUGAAAUGCUUUAUCUCAAACCUUUACAAAACUACUUCAAAAUGAAUUUGUAUUCUAAUGGAAUAAAAGGAGAAGAAAGGAGUUAAUAUUUAUUGGGGACCUACUAUUAUUUGAGGAACUCAUCUAGGCAUAAUAUAUAUAUUUUUCUUUAUGUAAUCCUUACCAUAUUUACUCUGUGAGCAAAUAUGAUUUUUAACAAAAGAAUGAAAAUAUAUAAUCAUUAAAGAUCUUUCUGCCAAUUCAAGGAGCAAAAGGGAAGCAUAUACCAUUUAUAGACAAAAAGGUACCUUUUCCUUUUGUUGAAGAGCUAGAAGAAUCCAGGGAAGUUUUAUUACAUCAGGAGAAUUCUGUGUUGUAGAAUAUUCUAAUCUUUCCAAAGAUGCCUCUACCAUUUGCAUAGAUCAGGCUAGAUGAAAUUCAAAGCUUCUAAAAAGUUGAUAAAUGGUAUAUAUCUUGCACAUAGUGUAAUAUAUUUACAUAUUGUGUCAUUAUGAAAAUAAUUUCCAUCAUAUGUGUAAGUGUGUAUGAUACCAAUACUAAUUUGCACCAUAAACACAAAAAUAGAUACUUUGAAAGAGUCUGCAGAUGUCAAGAAUAAGUUGUGAGCUAUCACAGUAAACAUUUCUUGGAAGUACAACAUGUGAUAAAACACUUGCAGCCUGUUAAAUGAGGGCCACGGACCCUGUCAGAAUGACACAGCCAGCCACCGGAUGGAGAACCUAAUAAGGGGAAGGAACCCCCCACAAUACCAGAGAAGUCCUUGUAAAGAGGUUCGUGCAGCACUUCGGAAAAGGCCUGAAGAGGAGUUGCAGUGCCUGGAGAUGACCACCAAACGGAAAAUCAUCGGCCGUCUGGUGCCGUGCCGAUGUUUCCGAGGUGAAGAAGAAAUCAUCUCAGUUUUAGAUUACUCCCACUGCAGUCUUCAGCAGGUGCCAAAGGAGGUCUUUAACUUCGAACGAACAUUAGAGGAGCUUUACCUAGAUGCCAAUCAAAUUGAAGAACUACCCAAGCAAUUGUUCAACUGUCAAGCUCUACGAAAACUAAGUAUUCCUGAUAAUGACCUUUCAAAUCUGCCAACCACUAUUGCUAGUUUAGUUAAUCUUAAGGAACUCGACAUCAGUAAAAAUGGUGUACAAGAAUUUCCAGAAAACAUAAAGUGCUGUAAGUGUUUAACAAUUAUUGAAGCCAGUGUCAAUCCCAUUUCUAAACUCCCUGAUGGCUUCACACAGCUCCUAAACCUGACCCAGCUCUACCUGAAUGACGCCUUUCUUGAAUUUCUUCCAGCCAAUUUUGGAAGACUUGUCAAAUUGCGGAUCUUGGAGUUAAGAGAAAAUCACUUGAAAACUCUACCAAAGUCAAUGCACAAACUGGCCCAGUUGGAAAGACUUGACCUAGGCAAUAAUGAAUUCGGUGAGCUGCCUGAAGUUCUGGAUCAAAUACAAAAUUUAAGGGAGUUAUGGAUGGAUAAUAAUGCAUUACAAGUGUUACCUGGGUCUAUAGGGAAGUUAAAGAUGUUGGUAUACCUGGAUAUGUCAAAAAACAGAAUAGAAACAGUUGACAUGGACAUUUCGGGAUGUGAAGCCCUUGAGGACCUCUUAUUGUCAUCCAAUAUGUUGCAACAAUUGCCUGACUCUAUAGGACUUUUGAAAAAACUAACUACUCUAAAAGUAGAUGACAAUCAACUUACAAUGCUACCCAAUACAAUCGGAAAUUUAUCUUUAUUAGAAGAAUUUGACUGUAGCUGUAAUGAACUGGAGUCAUUACCUUCUACUAUUGGCUACCUUCAUAGUCUUCGGACAUUAGCAGUUGAUGAGAAUUUCCUUCCAGAAUUACCCAGAGAAAUUGGAAGUUGUAAGAAUGUAACAGUCAUGUCUCUACGCUCCAACAAAUUAGAAUUUCUUCCUGAAGAGAUUGGACAGAUGCAGAAACUAAGAGUCUUAAAUUUGAGUGACAACAGAUUGAAGAAUUUACCAUUCUCAUUUACCAAACUUAAAGAGCUUGCAGCUUUGUGGCUUUCUGACAAUCAGUCCAAAGCCCUUAUCCCUUUACAAACAGAAGCCCAUCCAGAAACAAAGCAAAGAGUAUUGACUAACUACAUGUUUCCCCAGCAGCCUCGUGGUGAUGAAGAUUUCCAGUCAGACAGUGACAGCUUUAACCCUACACUGUGGGAAGAGCAGAGACAACAACGCAUGACUGUUGCCUUUGAAUUUGAAGACAAAAAAGAAGAUGAUGAAAAUGCCGGGAAAGUUAAGGAUCUCUCCUGCCAAGCCCCCUGGGAAAGGGGCCAGCGUGGGAUUACUCUCCAACCUGCCAGACUGUCUGGCGAUUGCUGCACACCAUGGGCCAGGUGUGAUCAGCAGAUCCAAGAUAUGCCCGUCCCCCAGAAUGACCCACAGCUGGCAUGGGGUUGUAUAACUGGCCUCCAGCAGGACAGGAGCAUGUGUACUCCAUUGCCAGUUGCAGCACAAUCCACCACUCUUCCCUCUCUAAGUGGCAGACAGGUUGAAAUAAACCUAAAACGAUAUCCAACUCCUUACCCAGAGGAUUUAAAGAAUAUGGUAAAAUCUGUUCAAAAUUUGGUGGGUAAGCCAAGCCAUGGAGUGCGUGUUGAGAAUUCAAAUCCAACUGCUAACACGGAGCAAACUGUGAAAGAAAAAUAUGAACACAAGUGGCCGGUAGCCCCAAAGGAGAUUACAGUGGAGGAUUCUUUUGUUCAUCCAGCUAAUGAAAUGAGGAUUGGGGAACUUCACCCUUCAUUAGCUGAGACCCCUCUGUACCCACCCAAACUUGUUCUGCUAGGGAAGGACAAAAAAGAAUCAACUGAUGAGUCUGAAGUUGACAAAACUCACUGUCUGAAUAACAGUGUUUCCUCAGGCACUUACUCAGACUACUCGCCUUCCCAGGCUUCCUCAGGAUCCUCUAAUACCCGGGUUAAAGUGGGGUCCUUGCAGACAACAGCUAAAGAUGCAGUACAUAAUUCUUUGUGGGGUAACAGGAUUGCACCAUCUUUCCCACAGCCUCUUGAUUCAAAGCCAUUACUCAGCCAGCGGGAGGCUGUUCCCCCAGGCAGUAUACCACAGCGUCCUGACCGGCUGCCCAUGAGUGAUACUUUCACUGACAACUGGACUGAUGGCUCACAUUAUGACAACACAGGGUUUGUUGCUGAGGAAACCGCAGCUGAGAAUGCCAACAGUAAUCCUCUCUUAAGUUCGAAAUCUAGAAGCACAUCUUCGCAUGGACGCAGGCCUUUGAUCAGGCAAGACAGGAUUGUUGGUGUUCCCCUGGAACUUGAGCAGUCUACACACAGACACACACCAGAAACAGAAGUGCCUCCUUCCAAUCCUUGGCAGAAUUGGACCAGAACCCCUAGUCCAUUUGAAGACAGGACCGCUUUUCCUUCCAAAUUAGAGACAACCCCUACUACCAGCCCAUUGCCUGAAAGGAAAGAACAUAUAAAGGAAUCUACUGAAAUACCUAGUCCUUUUUCUCCAGGCGUACCAUGGGAGUAUCAUGAUUCCAAUCCCAACAGGAGUCUUAGUAAUGUCUUUUCUCAAAUCCACUGCCGCCCAGACUCUUCUAAAGGUGUUAUUUCAAUUAGCAAAAGCACAGAGAGGCUUUCCCCUCUAAUGAAAGAUAUCAAGUCUAAUAAAUUCAAAAAGUCACAGAGUAUCGAUGAGAUUGACAUUGGUACAUAUAAGGUGUAUAACAUACCAUUAGAAAACUAUGCUUCUGGGAGUGAUCACUUAGGAAGCCACGAACGACCAGAUAAGAUGCUGGGACCAGAGCAUGGUAUGUCCAGUAUGUCUCGAAGCCAGUCAGUCCCGAUGCUGGAUGACGAGAUGCUCACCUACGGAAGUAGUAAAGGGCCACAACAACAAAAAGCUUCUAUGACAAAAAAAGUCUAUCAGUUUGACCAAAGCUUCAAUCCUCAAGGAUCAGUGGAAGUGAAAGCCGAAAAGAGGAUACCACCCCCUUUUCAACACAAUCCCGAGUACAUGCAACAGGCCAGCAAAAACAUCGCCAAGGAUUUGAUUAGUCCUAGAGCUUACAGAGGAUACCCACCAAUGGAGCAAAUGUUUUCAUUUUCUCAACCAUCUGUGAAUGAGGAUGCUGUGGUGAAUGCCCAGUUCGCAAGUCAAGGGGCCAGGGCAGGCUUCCUGAGAAGGGCCGACUCCCUGGUGAGCGCCACAGAAAUGGCCAUGUUUAGAAGGGUCAAUGAGCCUCACGAGCUGCCCCCAACUGAUAGGUAUGGCAGACCUCCAUAUAGGGGAGGGCUGGAUCGCCAAAGCAGCGUUACAGUGACUGAGUCCCAGUUCCUGAAAAGGAAUGGCAGGUAUGAAGAUGAACACCCUUCAUAUCAAGAAGUGAAAGCUCAGGCGGGAAGUUUUCCGGUUAAAAACCUUACCCAAAGGAGGCCAUUGUCUGCGAGAAGCUACAGUACAGAGAGUUAUGGUGCCUCCCAAACCAGGCCAGUUUCAGCUAGGCCUACUAUGGCAGCUCUUUUGGAAAAAAUACCAUCUGACUAUAACUUGGGUAACUAUGGUGACAAGCCAUCAGAUAACAGUGAUUUAAAGACGAGGCCUACUCCUGUGAAGGGAGAGGAGAGCUGUGGUAAAAUGCCUGCAGACUGGAGACAACAGCUGCUUAGACAUAUAGAAGCUAGACGGUUAGACAGGAAUGCUGCUUACAAACACAAUACAGUUAACCUUGGCAUGCUGCCCUAUGGAGGUAUUUCAGCAAUGCAUGCAGGCAGAAGCAUGACUUUAAACUUGCAGACUAAGUCUAAAUUUGAUCAUCAAGAACUACCUCUUCAGAAAACCCCGUCCCAGCAAAGCAACAUUUUAGACAAUGGACAAGAAGAUGUAUCUCCUAGUGGCCAAUGGAAUCCUUAUCCACUUGGGAGGCGGGAUGUACCUCCGGACACCAUUACUAAAAAGGCAGGCAGCCAUAUCCAGACGUUGAUGGGGUCCCAAAGCCUUCAGCAUCGCAGCCGGGAGCAGCAGCCAUAUGAAGGAAAUAUAAACAAAGUGACCAUUCAGCAAUUUCAGUCACCAUUGCCUAUUCAGAUCCCCUCUUCACAGGCCACCCGGGGACCUCAACCUGGACGGUGCUUAAUUCAAACGAAAGGGCAAAGGAGUAUGGAUGGAUAUCCAGAGCAGUUUUGUGUGAGAAUAGAAAAGAAUCCUGGCCUUGGAUUUAGUAUCAGUGGUGGAAUUAGUGGACAAGGAAAUCCAUUUAAACCUUCUGACAAGGGUAUCUUUGUUACUAGGGUUCAGCCUGAUGGACCAGCAUCAAACCUACUGCAGCCUGGUGAUAAGAUCCUUCAGGCAAAUGGACACAGUUUUGUACAUAUGGAACAUGAAAAAGCUGUAUUACUACUGAAGAGUUUCCAGAACACAGUAGACCUAGUUAUUCAACGUGAGCUUACUGUCUAAAUAUUUUUUAUAAAUAGUGAAGAUACGUCUAGCCAGACCUAAUGUUCAAAAAUAAAUUUAUACAUAGAAACAAAUUUUGCCAAUUGCUGGACCAAUGGCAAACAUUAGUGCCAAAUGUAUAAUACUAUAUGUUAGCACUGACCAUCCUUAAAAAUGUUAACUCUAUAAAUAUGAUGUUCAUGUGGUUAUGUAUUAGUUUUAAUUGUCAGCCUCUGGCUGUGCAUUGGUGCAGUUUUGUUUCUGUUUUUGUUUUUGUUUUUAAUCAAAUAAGUUUCUUCUCAAAGUGGAUUUCAUAUAAUUUCGGAGCACGGAAGCACACACAAGCUCUUUAUGAAUUCUGCUCUCCAUCAGAAACACUGCCUCAAAGUUGUAUAUGCCUUUAUAUAGAAACUACAAAUAUAAAGAAUUGUAAUUCCCAUAAAAUAUUUCUAGCACAAGGUAUAUGUUGGCAUAUAUACAAAAAGAAUAUAGAGAAAAACAAUAUUUUCAUAAACUAAACGUCUCGGAUAGAGAAAAAAUAUAUCUUAAAAUAAGACUUUACUAUAUUGAAUCUUUUUCAAUAAAAAUUACAUGAUAAUGCCUUAUGAAAGUAACUGUACAUAUGGUAUAAAGUGUUUAUAUUUGGUUCCAUAUUCAUUUGCUAAAUUCUCAUGACACAGAGUGAAAUAUUUCAUAAAUUAGCCAUUUAUCUCUGGGACCCGAAUAAAAAUAGGAUGAACUAAUUUGUUCAAUGCCUUUAGCUAAUUACAAUACAUGCAGAGUUUAGAAACAGACUAACGGUCAUUGUAGUUAAGUCUUUUUCACCACAAAUUUAAGCAGUGGAUGAUGGGUGGCAGGAAAGGUAUUGCUUUAUUUCUUUCAAGUUCCUGUUGAUUAUAAACUGUAGCCCCUGUGAUUUCUUUACUUGUAAAUGUGGAAUUUAUUUGUGUGUUGCUUAAUCUAAUUUGCUACUUUUUAAAUUAUUUAAAAUGAGUUUUGGAAAUUGAUAAAAUUUAUCAUUACGAAAGACUGCUGUUAGAAAGUUAUGGUGGGUGAUUUUAAAUCCUUGGUAUUUAAAUAUGAAACUUCAAAUAUAAUUUCUCAGAGCUGUGGUCUACCUGUAUCAUUAAUUUCAAUGGCUGAUUUUCUAGGCAGAAAUAGAUAAAAUACUUUUUUUUCCAAAAACAGUUUCAGGGUAUGUACAAUCCUGAAUGCUUUCUCACCGGAGGGAAAGACAAGCAUGGUUAAUGUAGAAUUACUUACUUUUCCAUUGAAAACAUUUUCCUGUAUAAAUGAUCAAAAUUUAUUUUAUAAUCCUUCUAAAUAUUUGUCUUUCAUAUUAGUCAUUAAUUUAAUUACAAUAUUAAUUUGAAAUUCUAGGAUAAUUUCCCAGAGUUGGUUGCAUGCAUUCUCUUUCAUAAUUUUACAUAGUUCUUUUGUUAUAUAAUGAAUUUACAUGCUAGUGUUUCAAGUAUUGUAUGAGGAUUUUCACAGUAGUAUCACUGAUUGAUGUCACCAAAGCUCUGAGAAUAAUAUUUGUAAGUUAACUGUUUUAUGGGGACAUUGAAAAUAUUGUAUUUUUGUAGGGUCUAUUAAAAUGAGUGUCACUUAUUAGAA